AUGACGGUUUCCUCCUCGGAAUUGCGCGCCCAGGUGGCACCUCAGAUUGAAGCCAUCCAACUGAUACUCACCCGUCUCUCUGACUCAACCACCGGGUCAGCCGGUCUCGUGCAGGAGACACAGAACGAGCUUGGAUUGCUUCUUGGGGUUCUUGGCAAUAUUGAGCAGCAGUCCGUACAAUGUCAUGAUCAUGCAAGUCCGAAGCUAUGGAGCAAAUUCGAGGACUGUCACUGUUGUUUAUUGGAAUUACAAAAUCUCCAAAUAUUCACUGGGCAAAGCUCCCUUGAGACUCAAUUUCUGGAAAUCCGCGCCCGAUUAUCCGACUUGAUAUUCGAGUUUAGGGUUAUUAAUGCAGACAUGGCGAUAUCUUCCCACGCCAAUCUUGAGCGACUGCUACAAACUUAUAUUUGUGAGCUCGGAGAAGGAAAGCGGGAUAUACAGGUUGUGGUUGGGCUCAUUGGCGAUGCUUCAAACCCCGAAACAGACGGCAAAUGGCAACUUUUACAAGGCGAGCUACAAGACUUUGGCGUUACAUUUGAGCAGUCGACCCAGGAACGUGCCUUUAUCAUUACGGUGCUUCAAAAAGCCGUAAAGGACAACGAUAUCUCAAGUACUGAUCAUCAACUAGCUUCAGAAGAUGACUCCAAGUCUUCGGCCCAAUCCCGACGUAAUGAGGUUCUGGACAACAGAGUAAUGCCAGAAGAGAUCUCACAAGGUGAAUCACCGCCUACCACACCUGAAGUUCGGGGAAAACAGCCUAGUCUACUCAAACGGCUGAGAUUCAAGAUGUCAGGGGACAAAAGUGGGCUGCUCACAUUAGUCCGAAAGGGAGAAGUUGACCGAAUUGAAGAGGUCCUAGAAAAGGGCGCUAGUGUUAAUACCAAGGACUCAAAUGGACAGACGGCAUUGAUCAUAGCUACAUCACGUGGCCACGAGCUACUGGUGUCUCUGCUACUUAAAUUCAAAGCCAAGACAGAUUUGAAGGGAAAGAAUGGGGAGACAGCCCUUUCCGUAGCUGCUCAGAAAGGGUACGAAAACAUCGCCAAGCUACUCUUAGUCCAUGGAGCGAACCCUAACGGUUCAAAUGUCCGUGGCAAAUCAGCCCUGUCACAGGCUGUCACAUGUGGAAAUUUGAGCAUGACUACUCUUUUACUAAACUACGGGGCCACCGCCAACGUAUUAUGUAUCAAUGGCGAUACGGCUCUUACCUCUGCCGUUGGAAACAACCACAUUGAGAUUACACAGCUGUUGUUAAGCGCUGGCACCCCAGCAGAUCAAAUUGGGGCUUCGACUAGGACUUCGCUUUUCAGGGCCGUGGCCAGUGGGAACGUUGGGAUGGUGAAGCUUCUGAUGAAUCAUGGAGCAAAUCCAACUCGACCAGAUAGCCAGGGACUAUCACCUAUGAUACUGGCCACGCAAAAUAGGAGAAAUGAUAUCCUCCACAUCUUUGACCAAUAUGGGUAUGUUUAUCAACAGCAAGGACUGGGGAUCGGGAGAGCUGCGGUUGCUUUUGCGGCAGUUGACUUCAUGACUACUAUAGGUAACAUGACCUAG